AUGCCCACUACUACGCGAGCAGCGGCGAAAGCCAAUGCAGAGAGACCUCAGUGCGAGAAAUGCAACAUGCCGAACAACGUAGCAAGAAUGGUAGCUUGCGAUCGAUGUCAUCGUUGGUACCAUCGUACGUGUGUGGAUGUAGCUGAUCAUCUCAACGGUAAGUGGACAUGCGAGGACUGUAUGCUGGCGGAAACCUUUGAAGAAGCGUCAAUAUCCGAUCGAACCAACAGCACUUCUCGAUCGACACGGAUUCAAUUGCAACUCGAACGUCUUGAAGAAGAAAAACGGUUGCAUGAGAAAGCACUGGCAGCGAAAGCUGCACUAGAGAAGAAAUAUCUCGAUGAUAAAUACGCGCUUUUGAUAGCAGAAGCUGAUAAUGAUGAAGCUGGCAGCCGCCGAAGUCGGCGAAGCCGGAAUAGCCGUAACACGAAUGUACAGGAGUGGAUCCAAGGAGUUGAUGAAGCUGUCGGUGGGAAUCCUACCUCUUUGGAUGCCGAUCAGAUUUUUCCGCCGAUUUCGAUUGGCCCUAGCGUGGCUGCAAUUAAUAGAGUGAUACUACCUAGGAACACUGGUGCAAUAAGAAAAAUACCAUCAAACCCCACAUGUGACUCAGGAAGGAGUGUUUUGCCGAAACCCGUAAUCGAUGUAGCAAGCAAUAUUGGUGCUGAGGGUGCGUGUUCGCUGGCUUGUAUGAGAGAACCAAUUACAGCAUCUACGCCAAUCCGAUCUGUUGUUGAUGAUGUGGUCCGUCAACCGAUCACACGCAGUUCGGUACAAUCACGGCCUCCGUUACUGCGACCGUUGGUGGUACAACCAAUUUAUUCCCAGGCAGUGAUUUCACCACAAAUACAAUCCCUACCUAUAGGAUCGAAACUAGUUCCCCGCCCUCCUCUACCGACUUUCUUGUUCCCUGAACCCCAAUCGAAGCCCCCGGCUACUCAGGCUGCUGUCUCUCUACCAGCAGUGUGUGAACCAUCUGUACUUGAAACGAGUGUUAGUCAGCCUGCAGUAUUAAAUUUCGAGCAGCCCCGAUCAAACUCUAUACAGCAGCAGCAUUUUCGUAGUAUGGUAUCACCUCCGUCGCAGCCACCACCGGUGUCGCAGCCGUCGCAGGAACCAUCAGUUCAUUGUUUAAACGAACAGCAGUGUAGACAACAUUCAUCGUUGAUGCACACAUCGUUUGACCAUCAGCCGCACACGCUAGUACCUGGACUGGUAUCGAGGGCUCCAAUAGAAGAACGACCACCAUCAGUGCUGCGUGAAAUGUUGUCGCACACCCCGCCACCACAGCAUUUUCUCCCACAUGAGAAUUCGUUGCCAUAUGCACCGAUACACAGACACCAACAGACUGAACAGUAUGCUACCCAACUGCAACAGUUGCAAAAUCAGCAGGCUAUGUGGGGACAAUUUCAACAGCAGUUGUCCGCCAGACAGGUUGUGCCUAAAGACCUUCCAGUCUUUACGGGCAAUCCUGAUGAAUGGCCUCUUUUUGUGAGCAGCUUUCGUAACUCGACUGCCAUGUGUGGUUACUCUCAUUCUGAAAACCUGAUGAGGUUGCAAAAAUGUUUAAAGGGUAGAGCGUUAGAAGCGGUUCGGAGCAUUUUACUUUUACCUUCGUCGGUCCCAAAAAUAAUGGAAACGCUAGAGACGUUGUUCGGGAGCCCAGAGCGACUUGUCCAGUCGCUGCUAUGUAAGGUACGGAGUGUUUCUGCCCCGAAAGCUGAGCGGUUUGAAACGUUGGUCAAUUUUGGAAUCGUAGUCCAGAAUCUCGUUGGCCAUCUCAAGGCCGCCAAUCAGCAGGCACAUUUAACUAAUCCAACACUGCUGCAUGAACUAGUGGACAAGCCCCCGCCACACAUUCGGCUUGACUGGGCUGUAUACAAGAAGAAUGUUGGAGUAGUGGAUUUGGGGAUUUUCUGUGACUACAUGAGCGCUAUCACGGCCGCUGCAAGUGAUAUAGCACACUUCAGUGACUUUGAUGAUGGACGAUCAGGAUCGAAUGCAAGGCCAAGAAAAGAAAAGGUGUUCGUCAAUACUCAUAUUUCUUCUGAGCCACGUAAAUUCGAACAACAUAAUAUAAAAAUGGAGAAGCAGGAGAGGCCUUGCUACAUAUGCCAAAGCAACAGACAUCGGAUCAAGGAAUGUUACAAAUUCAAAUCGCUGAGUCUUGGUGAUCGCUUGAAAGCUGUAGAAACACAUAAGCUUUGUGCGGUUUGCCUAGUUCCCCAUGGUAAAUGGUCUUGCAAGUCCACUCGCAUAUGUGGAAUCGGAGAUUGCGGCAAGAAACACCAUCCAUCACUGCAUCCUAGUCAACAAACAGUCGCCAUGCCAGCAACAGAACGAACUUCCUCGGGUUCAAAAGCAGAAGCUGUGGUUACCAUUCACCGUAAACUUCUUUCUUCUACGAUAUUUCGUAUAAUUCCUGUAAUACUGUACGGUGAAAACGUUAAAAUAUCCACAUAUGCCUUCUUGGAUGAGGGUUCAUCGUCAACUCUUAUAGACAAAUCAGUGGCCGAUCAGCUGAACCUUGUUGGAGAUUUGCAGCCACUUUGCUUGACAUGGACAUCAAAAGUUUCCAGACAUGAAGCUGAUUCUCGGUUAGUUAAUCUAAGGAUUUCAGGAGAAGAAGGCAGCAGAAUAUUUCCGUUGACGGGCGCAAGCACCGUGAGCCAGCUGAAUCUCCCGAUGCAAACCUUGCGGUAUGGAGAGUUGUCUUGUCGUUAUCCAUAUUUGGCCGGAAUCCCAGUGAAGAGUUACGAACAAGCAAUACCACGGAUUCUCAUUGGAUUGGACAACAUCAAACUGUUGUUGCCACUAAAGAUUCGCGAAGGACAACAUAAUGGACCAGUAGCAGCAAAAUCUAGAUUGGGGUGGACUAUUUUCGGCAGCAUCGAAGGAGCCAAUAGGAAUUCGGUAUCUCCGAUUAUGCAUAUCUGCAAAAGCGUGGUUGAAACUGAAUUACAUGAGAUGGUGAAACAGUAUUUUGCAAUGGAGAACUUGGGAGUAUCCGUCGUACGUGGACCUGAGGCAGAGGAGGAUCGAAGAGCAAGGAGUAUUCUAGAACGAACGACUACUAAAUGCGCCGAUGGACACUACGAAAGUGGAUUACUGUGGCGGUACGACGUGAUCGAGUUGCCGUCUAGUUAUGGUAUGGCGGAACGUCGUUUGUUUUGUCUCGAACGAAAGUUACGUAACCAUCCGGAAUUACGAGUGAGUUUGGAAAGGCAAAUAAUCGAAUAUCAAGAAAAGGGCUACGCGCACAAGGCCACACGUCGGGAGUUAGAAGAGAGUGAUCAACAUCGUACGUGGUAUCUCCCUCUUGGCGUGGUAACUAAUCCACGUAAACCUGGGAAGGUGCGUAUUAUUUGGGAUGCAGCCGCCAAAUCAAAAGGAGUGUCUCUGAACGAUAUGCUGUUGAAGGGCCCGGACCUUUUAACAUCGUUGCCUGCAGUGCUAUGCCGUUUCCGGCAGCGACAGGUGGCGAUCGCUGGUGAUAUCCGCGAAAUGUAUCACCAAGUGAGAAUUAGGAAGGAGGAUCAACAGGCACAGCGGUUUCUAUACAGAAAUGAUCCAGCAAGGAAGCCCGACGUAUUUGUGAUGGAUGUGGCCAUUUUCGGGUCGACCUGCUCACCCUGUUCGGCAAACUUUGUGAAGAACAUGAACGCGAGUAUGUGGAAAGAAGAACUUCCGGAAGCGGCGACGGCGAUAGUAGACAACCACUACGUGGACGACUACCUAGACAGCCGUGAUACAGAAGAAGAGAUGGCGAAGUUGGCUUUGGAUGUAAGAAAGGUUCAAGAACAAGCAGGAUUUCAACUAAGGAACUGGAGAUCAAAUUCUAAGGUGGUGUUACAGAGCCUAGGAGAAGGUGCAGAAGUCACUACGAAGAACUUCAGUAUCGACAAGGAAAGCCAAAUUGAACGUGUCCUUGGUAUGGCGUGGUUACCGGAUGAAGACGUAUUCGUAUACACUGUUAAGCUGCCAAACGAUUGCGAAGGUUCAACAGCGAAUGAGCUCAAUACGACGAAACGAAGCAUUCUGAAGUUCGUCAUGAGCGUCUUCGAUCCCCUCGGGUUGAUUUCGAACUUACUCGUUCACGGUAAAAUGAUCAUUCAGGACCUGUGGAGAACCCAAGUUGGAUGGGAUGAGCCUAUCCCAGCAGAAAUUCUCAUAAACUGGCAAAGGUGGAUUAAGCAACUUUCCAUGCUUAGCCAAGUUCGAAUCCCUCGUUGCUAUUUCCCCGGAUACGAUCGAAAAAGUUUGGAAUCGUUGCAACUGCAUGUGUUCGUGGAUGCGAGUGAAUCUGCAUUUGCGUGCGUCGCCUAUUUUCGUGUGGUUGAUCACAGUCAGCCACGAUGUACAUUAAUCGCUUCCAAAGCAAAAGUGGCACCACUGAAGCCACUAUCAGUCCCUAGGUUGGAGCUACAAGCGGCGGUUAUUGGGAGCCGAUUAGCGAAGUCCAUUGCCGACUACCAUACGGUAACUAUAAGCCAGAGAUUCUUUUGGAGUGACUCCAGAACAGUGCUUUCCUGGAUUAAUUCCGAUGCCAGGAAGUACCGGCAAUAUGUAGCGGUUCGUAUCGGCGAAAUACUGGAAGAAUCACAACCUGAAGAGUGGCGCUGGAUACCUACUAAAUUAAACGUGGCGGAUGAGGCAACAAAGUGGGGAAAAGGACCUACAUUAAGUUCGAAUAGCCGGUGGUUUUCAGGACCAGACUUCCUCCUACAAGCGGAGAAUGAGUGGCCACAACAUCAAAUAUCAGCAAGCUGUACCGAGGAAGAACUACGAACUAUUCACGUGCAUCAUGUAACGAGGGUACAGCCGUGCAUUGAGUAUGGUAGGUUCUCCAAAUGGGAAAGGAUGCUCCGCACUACGGCGUAUGCGUAUUCAUUUAUAGAUAGUUGUUGCGGACUCGGCAAAAGAGGAGCCAUGCAGGCAAGGCACCAGUUGAAGUCAGAAGAUUUUGUUCGAGCGGAGAGGGCGUUGUGGCGGAUUGCACAAGCAGAUGAAUAUGCCGAAGAAAUACUAAUUCUAAGAAAAGCAAAUACAACCAACAAAGAGAAGGCGAAGAAAUUGAACAGAGAUAGUCAUAUUCGACAGCUAUCACCAUUUCUAGAUGAGUACGGGGUGGUUCGCAUGGAAGGCCGCACAGAAGCAUCUCCACUAUCCACAUACGACGCGAAAUAUCCGGUUAUCCUGCCGAAAAACCAUCGCGUGUCUGAGCUCAUUGUGGACUAUUACCACCGGCGGCUCGGGCAUCAUAACAGUGAAACUGUGGUCAAUGAAGUACGUCAGCGGUACCACAUUUCUACUCUCCGGACGCUAGUACGCAAAGUGACAAAAAAGUGUCAGUGGUGCACAGUAUAUAAAGCUCAACCUGUCGUACCCAGAAUGGCUCCAUUACCCGAAGUGCGAGUAACUCCGUUUGUUCGUCCAUUUUCGUUGGUCGGUAUCGACUACUUCGGGCCAUAUAUGAUCAAGAUUGGCCGAAGUCAAGUGAAGCGCUGCGGCACUCUUCACUUGCUUGGUCAUAAGGGCGGUGCAUUUGGAAGCAACAGCUUCCCUAUCUACAGAAUCGUGUAA